AGCGGGCCGGGGCGGGGGCGGGUCCUCGGCUGCCUCGGAGCGGGGCAGCAGCCGCCGCGGGCCCGCCCGGGCGGGCCGGCCCCGAUCCGCGCUGCCCGGGACGGGCGGGCUGCGGGGAACCCCGGAGACCCCCCGGGCACCCCCCGGGCGCCGCCCGUCAGGCCGGGCCGGCCCCACCGCCCGGAGCCACGGCUGGGGUUCGGUUGGGGGCGGUUUGUUUUGAAAGGGCGCUGCUGGGGCGAGCUGCUACUUCGCCUCUGGUAACAGGUGCUGUCGGGCUCCGAAGGCUUUAAUGGAACUAGAAAUGCAAUCAGACUGAGUGGAUGAGGCACAGAAUUAAAUCUCUGCGUCUGGAAGCUUUAAACAGAGUGUCAGUGUAUUAACCGGACUGGAGAUAGUGGCUUCUCAAAGAGUCUGGCUGUUUCAGCUACAGAGCGGGAAGAUGUUUGCGAAACUGAAGAAGAAGCUGGCGGAAGAGGCGGCGAUCGCCCCCCGGCCCGGGGCCGCGGCGCGGAUCCCCCGCUCCGUCAGCAGGGAGUCCAUCGCCUCCGGGGCCGACUCCGGGGACGACUUUGCUUCUGACGGAAGCAGCUCUAGAGAGGAUCUCUCAUCCCAGCUCCUCAGAAGAAACGAACAAAUCAGGAAGCUGGAGGUGAAGCUGUCUGAUUAUGCUGAUCAGAUCCGAAACUUGCAGAAGAUAAAAGAGAAGCUUGAAAAUGCAUUAGAAAAGCAUCAGGAUUCCUCCAUGAGGAAGUUCCAGGAGCAGAACGAAGCCCACCAGGCCAGUCGAGCCAAGAUGGCAGAAGGAAUGGCCUUGGCCUUGGAAAAGAAGGACCAGGAGUGGAUGGAAAAACUGGGCCAAGUUGAAAAGGAAAAAAAAGUGCUUGAAACACAGUUACGAGAAAUGAAGGAGCAGAGUUUGAACCUUUUUCAAAAAAGGGAUGAAAUGGAUGAGCUGGAGGGCUUUCAGCAGCAGGAGAUUGCCAAAGUUAAACACAUGCUUUUGCAAAAGGAAGAAUCUCUGAGCAGCAGAGAGCGGGAGCUGGAGGCGUGCGCUGGGGAGCUGACGCGCGCCCGCCGCGAGGCCUGCGGGCUCAGGAGCGACCUCGGGGCGCUGCAGCGGCGGCUGCUGGAGCUGCAGGCGCACAGAGAUGAACUAUUGACAACUGAGACAAACGCAGAGAAUAAGAUCACUGCUCUGGAGUCGAGAGAACAGGAGCUACAAGCUGUCAUUCAGCAGCUUUCUGGAGACUUGCAAAAUGCUCGACUUGCUGGUUCUGGUUGUGAGAAGAGACUGGAAACGUUACGGGCGGAGCAUGAAGCUCUGAAGGUGGAAUAUGAACAAGACAAGCAAAAGAUGACUCUUGAAUUUGCUGAGAGAAAUAAACUCGCUGAACAGCUGCAGGAAAAAGUGUCUUCCUUGGAAAAUAAGCUAGAAAGAAAUCUUUCAGGGGAUGAACAUGUGCAGGAGCUACUCAAGGAGAAAGCUGCUCUUGAGCAGAAAGUGGAUGAAACCAGGCAGCAGAUACUAACAGACAGAGCGCUUCACGCUGAGAUGGUGAAGCGAUUGGAGACACAGAAUAAAGAACUGGAACAAAAACUACAGAUUGCAACAGAAGCAUUGAAAAAGAGCGAAGCAGCAGCCGCCGAGCAGGAUCUCAAGAUGCAGAAGCUGCAAACUGAUCUAGAAGACGAAAGAAGUAAACUACAGCAACAGAUUUUAAGUGAGAAACAACAGUACGAUCAGAAAGUUACUGGGCUGGAGUCUCAAAUUGCUGCUCUUGAAGCAGCCCGGGAGUUUGAUACAACAGCUGCUCAGCACAAGAUUAGCCAGUUGGAAAAGGAGAAUGAAAAUCUUAAUGGAAGCAGAGAAGAGUAUGAGAAGUCUUUAAAAAACCAAGAGUCUGAAUUGAACAGGCUAAAGAGUGAACUGAGCAGCAGAGAGACUGUCAGUGUCGAAAUUGCCAAAGCAUUGGAAGAAACACGAAAACAAAGAGAGGAAUUAGAACAACAGGUUUCACAUCUGGCUUCCUUAGUAGAGGAAAAAGACCAGCUGAUCGCUGAAAAAUGUGAUACACUUCUGAAACAGAAGGAAGAACUCAACCAACUCAGUCAAGAUCGGGAAGCUGUCUUGCUGCAGAUGCAUCAGCUGCAGUCUGACGUGGAAGCCAGCCGCAGCCGAGCAGCGGAGAAGGAAGAAACAGCAAGAAGGGAAAUUGAUGCGCUGAAGCUGCAGAUCCAGGAGUGCCUGUUUACCAGAGAACAUGAGAAAAACGUUUCAGAACUAGAGGAAUCGGUGGGAGCCCUGAGCAACAACCAUUUCCAUUCUCCAGAAAACCGUGUGGUGGAGCAGAAUGGAGAAGUGGCAGCUGCAGAUGUCACGCAGCUUCAGAAGGAUAACAGAGAGCUGGAACAGCAACUUGCUUACAAAAACAAGAUGAUAAAGCAGCUACAGCAAAGGAUGACGGAACUCAAGAAAACCCUCCAGAAAGAGCUGAAAAUAAGGCCCGACAGUGAGGUACCUGAAGUGCGUGAAAAAGCGAAUUCUGAAGUGCCUAACGCUUCUGUGACUGUCACAAACAACUCUGACUUAAAUGACUCGAGGGAGAUAAACUUUGAAUACCUUAAACAUGUUGUACUAAAGUUCAUGUCCUGCCGGGAAUCUGAGGCAUUCCACCUAAUUAAAGCUGUUUCUGUGUUACUGAAUUUUUCACAAGAGGAAGAAAACAUGCUCAAAGAGACUUUGGAGUACAAGAUGUCGUGGUUUGGGUCCAAGCCGUCUCCGAAGGGCAGUAUCCGGCCGUCCAUCUCCAGCCCGAGGACACUGUGGCCUUAAGGGAACCUGAAGAUGGGCAGUCAGCAGCCAGCCACUUUUUUCUGUGAAAAGAACGCUGAACACGCUAAUUCAGGUGUGUCUUAAUCACUGUCAUUGCAGUAUUUUGUACAAGAACUUCUGACGCUGUUUACAGAGCUAAUACUGUGCAAGGAGAGAUUUUCACUACGAACCGAAACACCUUUUCUGCGUUGGCUGUGGGACCUUUGGCGCGAUGGUCCCCGGUGGAGGUGGCUCCUUGUGCUGGUGGGUCUGGGUUCCUCGGCGCCACGCGGUGCCGGUCACCAGCGGACGCCGGUGCUGGCGGUUCCGGUCGCUGCCGCGUGCAGCCGUUGGGCCGGUGGCUCAGCCUCUGUCCCGCGGUGCUGAGCCGAGUGGCUCUGGCACAGGGAAGCUCCCGUCUCGCUGUGCAGAGCAAGCCAUGGAGAAACCGCGUUGGCAGCACCGUAUGGAGUGUUUGAGAUUUGAAAAGCCUUUUGAAGAACAGGAGCAGGAGCUUUAACCAAAAAAGAAAUCUGCCUUGCCUUGUUAUACUGACACAACUAAUAGUUUGCAUUUUUUCAUAUCACUGUGUAAUUUAAGGUGCGUAUAUCCUGGCCUGCAGUCCUGAAGGCUGCACGUUGAUGAUAAUUAUUUAAUUUGAGAGCACAACUUUAGAGUUGUCUGAUUUUACUUUUCUUAAAGAAAAAAUAAUAUUUAAAAUGGUCUUAAUUAUAGAACCUAAUACUCAGUCGCCUUUAACACUCAUCUGUCGGCCUGUGCCGUAGGUUGUGAGCGUGGGGAAGAAGGGGUAGUAAACCAUUUUAAAUUUUUAAAGCUGAAUUCCAGGUAUCGUAAGUGCACACUGAGAAUGCCUUUUAUUUAAAAAGAAAUAAUAAUCUAGUGACAAAGGGGGAAGAAUAGUGGUACUAAGCAGGUUGAUUUUCUUUUUUCUUCUUCCAAGUCCGCUAGCAACAAACCCCAUAACCGGUAUCGCCUCCUCGCGUGCGGUUUUCUGUGCUUCACACGCUGAAAACUUCAUGACCGUGUCGUGGGCCGUUAACCGUGUCCUCGCUACAUGGUCAAAGAAACGCUGCUCGUGGGGUUUUUGGUUUUGAGGGCAAAAUUCAACUCUUCAUGAAUAGAUCUUGGUUCCAGCAGCUUCCUUCCCUUCCCGCUAAGGGGACCAAGGUGGCGCUUGUCUCAGAGUGGAACCACAACUGCACCCACAGUUACUGACACCGCUGGGAAACAAGAUGAAGACGGGCAGCAGAGCAGCAGUAAGGCCGACUGCUUAAAAAUGGGGUGUACCUCCAAAAAUCUGCAGAGGUAUGGGAUUCAAUGAGCAGGCGGCGAUUCUGGUCGUUCUCUUAAAUGAGGUUUGUGCUACUAAUGAUACUUUUAUUGAAAAUAUUCAAGCAAACUGAACCUUUCCUCUAGCGGAGAUGCGGUCACCGUCCGGGUUAAAGUUGCUUUGCCGACGGGGUCCGGUGACCUCGUGCGGUGCGGGUGUCGGUUCGGUGAACGCGCUGACCUGGCCCUGGGCUGGUCCAGCCCCAGGUCCUGUCGGGGUGACCUGCGCACCAUGACAGUCCUCACUUUGGCGCUGUUGGAUUGAUUUGAAGUUAAGAAAACCAGCAGGAUUUUUUCAGUACGCUCAAACUUGUCCAAACAUGGUGUUUAGUAACCGGACCCGUGGCGCAGCACGGAGAGCUGUUUGGGAGUACAGCUGCGCUCUAAUGGGAAAACAGACAAUCCAAAAGCAGACGUAGAUCGAUUGUUUCUCUACGGAAACAAAGCAGGGGCAGGGUAACCGCGUUGGUUCUGGGAAGGUUUUAUUCUCUGAGGUCUCUUUCCUCAGCGUGUCCCUCCGCCCCGGCCUGUUCCGAGGGGUUCCCUCUGCUCUCGCUGAUCCUGCUGAAUGACUAAUCGGUUUGUGUUGAUCCUGGCUUGAAAGGUUACUGCUGAGCAGCAGGAAAAGCAGGACAGGCAGCCCGAGCAGAGGGACAGAACCUCGCAUGCUGUGCUCACUUACACAACUUCAGUUUAAGAUCCCAAAGCUCAUACAGGAUCAACUUCCCAUACAGGAGUUCUUAAGUGUUGAAUUUUCCUCAGCUAUCAGAGCAAGAACGGUGUGUAUACAUGUAUUAAAAAGCUAAUGCACUUUCCCUUGUAUACAUAAUCCUUUCUAUGGCCAUUGGAUUUCUUUCCUUCUGUGCUGUAAAUAUGGAUUGUAUUAUGAAACACUAUGAAAUUUGUGGUGCAAUACAUUUUGGAUCAAAA